UGGUAAAUACAAUAAAACUUACCACAUCAAAUAGCCCAUCGCUCCACUCUAGUUUCUGAACUUCUAUGAUGGUGCUCCCAUCAGGAGCUAGCUCUAAGAAGAACAGAGUUCCACCUCCAGCCAGGCCAUAAUAUUGGCUAGUUGCAACGGCCAAAGUGUCCGGCCUUGUCCGGGAAAACCGAACGCUGUAGCCAUGCCGGCCAGGCGUCAAAAAGGUUGGCAUGCUGAUAGUAUAACUACAAAACAAAAAAACAACAAUUUGUAAAACAUGUAACAAAAGCCACCGAAAUAUCGUCGUUUUAACUUACGAUUUUUGAUCCCAAUACGUCACAUUGCUUUACAUAAAACAGUAAAUAUACAAAUUUGUGUAUUUAGGUCAAUUCGUAUCAGAAUCCUAUUAGUUUUCGCUCCGUAAAUAAUAUUUUAAUCCUCAUUUAACACUUCAUAACCUUUGGAAACUGUCAAAACAAACGUCAUCUUUGACGUUUUGCUAAUUCAACGAUUUCUUAGCCAAACUUAAUGAGGGGACAUCAAAUCGAUUUCAAUCUCGUAACCACGUACCGCUACGGUAGGGAGGAAGAUGAAGUGAUGGGAUUGAAGUUCUCAAAGGAAAUGGUAAUCGGCCAAGAACAAGUUGUCCCAAUGAUCAACUCUAAAAUGGAACUGACUCCUGUUCAGGAGAAGCUGCUGAAGAAGCUUGGACCCCACGCCUUUCCUUUUACAUUCAACUUCCCUGAACUGGCUCCAAGCUCGGUAACACUGCAGCCUUCUGAAGAAGAUCAAGGCAAGCCCAUGGGCGUGGAAUACUGCGUCAGGACUUAUGUGGCUGAGCAAGAAGACCAAAAGAGCCACAAGAGGAGCUCAGUCACCCUUGCCAUCAAAAAGUUGCAACACGCACCAACAUCCCGUGGACGUCGUCUCCCAAGCUCUCUCGUAAGCAAAGGAUUUACUUUCAGCAAUGGAAAGAUCAACCUGGAAGUGACUUUGGAUAGAGAAAUUUACUACCAUGGCGAAAAGGUUGCUGCUAAUGUCAUCGUGUCAAACAACUCUAGAAAAUCUGUUCGUAACAUUCGCGCGAUGGUGGUGCAGCACGUCGAGAUUACUAUGAUCAACUCUCAAUUCAGUCGCCAUGUUGCCUCUCUGGAAAGCCGUGAGGGAUGCCCCGUCACUCCUGGAGCAAGUCUGUCCAAAACAUUCUACUUGGUACCUUUGGCUCGUAGCAACAAAGACAUUCGUGGUGUGGCUUUGGAUGGACAUCUGAAGGAAGAUGACGUAAACUUGGCUAGUUCUACUCUCGUUCCUGAAGGAAAAUGCCCGGCUGACGCCAUUGGUAUUGUUGUCUCUUACUCAGUAAGGGUCAAACUGAACUGUGGAACUCUUGGUGGAGAACUCGUUACUGAUGUGCCUUUCAAGUUGCUUCACCCGGCUGAAGGAUCUGUUGAACGUCAGCGCUUCAACGCGAUGAAGAAGAUGCAAUCCAUCGAACGACAUCGCUACGAAAACUCUCUUUACACCAACGAGGAAGAAGAUAACAUCGUAUUCGAAGACUUCGCCCGUCUCAGGAUGAACGAGCCCGAGUAAAUGGUGUAUGAAUAAAAAAUAUACACAACAAAAAAAAAAAACGAAAAAACUACGAAAAAAAAAACAAAAAAAAAAAGAAAAUCAAGCAAGUUGAUUAAUACAGAAUUUCAUAAUGUCAUUACCAUCGACAAAUAAAAUAUUCGAAUGUUUGACGAUCAACAAAAAUACGUGAGCACC